AUGGCUUAUGACAGGUACAUAGCGAUCUGCAACCCCUUACAGUACCCCAUCCUCAUGACCAGGAACAUCUGCUUUCUUUUAUCAGCUGCGGUCUGGAUGGGAACAUUGGUAAAUGCCUUGAUUCACACAGUGUUUACACUGGCUCUCCUCUACUGUAAAGAGAUUGAUCACUUCUACUGUGAGAUCCCAGCCCUGAUCAAAUUGUCCUGCUCUGACACCUCUCGAUAUGAGGCUCUGGUGUUCGUGAGUAGUGUUGUUCUGGUCCUCAUCCUUUCUUCCAUUAUACUGGCCUCUUAUGCUUCUAUCCUCUCCAGGGUCCUGAGGAUGAAGUUCACCAGAGGACAGCAGAAAGCUCUGGCCACUUGCUCUUCACAUCUGACUGUGGUGGGCAUGGUCUACGGGGCAGCCAUCUUCAUGUACAUGAGACUCAGCUCCUACCACUCCCCAGGGCAAGACAAGAUUGUGGCUCUGUUUUACACCAUUGUUCCCCCAAUGCUGAAUCCACUCAUCUACAGCCUGAGAAACAGGGAUGUCUUAGAAGCCCUAAGAGAGCUGAUUUGGAAAUGCAGCGUCUUCCAGCAAAGUUGA